AUGGUCGGAAAAGUCAGCGAGCGAGUCCUCCUAAGGGAAGGUCUUGAGAGGACCGACAAUGGCAUGAAGCUGACAACAUGGCCUGAUGUAACCCCGAUUAAUCAGAAAAACUACUACACUGAUUAUAUGAAGCGCGAUGACCAAGUUCUUGCCCUUCGCCUCCAAAGCGAUGCCACCCGCGACCGCUUAGUACAAAGCGCCCGAGAUCGAGACCGCGUUUUAUCCAAAUCUGCUAAUGGCGAGCUGCCGCUUCCUGUCGCAGACUUGCCUGACGAAGAUGGUGCUACAACACCAUCGGCUGGCAUUGACCCCUCCAGGAUCAUUGUGAUUCAUCCUGGAAGUCAAAACCUUCGGAUAGGCUUUGCGAGCGAUGCGCUUCCCAAGACGAUUCCUAUGACCUUGGCGACCAAAUUUCCCCAGACCGAGUCUGACAUGUACGAAGCUCUCCCGCGACGACAAUUCGAGGCCAAGACCGCAGACCAGCAAUAUGGAGAGGAGUGGUCAAAGAAGUACAAUAAGAUGUGCAGCGACCUCAAGGUUGAGAUGCGAGCCAACAAGCGCAAGGUGUUGCCCAACUCCAAGGAACUCGUUCAAACCUUCAAUCGCCGAACAGAGCCCGAAAUCAUUCAGAAACACAACGAUCCGCUUGAGAUCGAAUGGACUGACAUCCAAACGCUCGAUGAUCCCGAAUCUUUAGCUUCGUGUUUCAUUGGACACAAGGCCGAGCGUGUCCCCGACGACUCAAAUCCGAAAUUCAAACUCUGGUGGCCGAUGCAGCAUGGCCAAUGGAACGAAGAUGGAUACACAAGCCAGGAGCACCUCUUUGACGAUUUUGAAACAUUGCUCGAUAAGGCAUUGAGGCAAGAGCUUGGAUUGAAGACAAACAGCGAAUGGCAACAAUACAGCUGCGUUUUUGUCAUUCCCGAUUUAUACGACAAGAAAUACGUGGAGCAAAUUCUACGAUCCUGCAUGACCUGGUUCGAAUUCUCCAAGGUGUGCUUUGUCCAGGAAGGAAUGGCUGCGACUUUUGGCGCUGGAUACACCCAGGCCUGUGUCGUUGAUGUGGGAGCUCAGAAGACAGCUGUCACUUGCGUGGAAGACGGUCUUGUUAUUGAGGAUUCAAGAAUCAACCUGAAAUAUGGAGGUUACGACAUUACCGACACAUUCCUCAAGAUGAUGCUUUACGACAACUUCCCCUACCAGGAUAUGAACUUGCGACGACGAUACGACUUCCUUCUAGCUGAAGAGCUCAAGAUCAAGCACUGCACUAUGUCACAGGCAGACAUAUCCGUUCAACUCUACCAAUUCCAUGUUCGAGCGCCGAACCAACCAACAAAGAAAUACCAGUUCAAGACAUACGAUGAGGUUAUACUGGCCCCAAUGGGAGUGUAUGAUCCCGCCAUCUUUGACAACAGCACCAAGUUGAAGGGACGCCGCAAAUUGGUUGAGAGAUCCUAUAACGCCUACGAUGUUGAUAUUCCAGAUGACCCUACUUCUGCCGCUCAACUAGCAAUUCUAGCGCUCGUCCAGCCGUCAAUAACAUCCAAUGCCAACGGGUUCCCACAGUCCCAGGCCGAAGUCUCCACACCGAUGAAGGAGAAGGGACCGUUCAACUUCCUUGGCAAGGACGGUAUCACGAACGGAACUCCUAUGGGCUCCCAUGCUGGAUCUCCUGCACCAGAGGGUGCAAACACACCAGUUCCGCCAUACGUCUUUUCUGGAAAGGAUAAGGAGGGUGCAAAUGGAGGAAGCCCAGCGCCCAACGGUUCUCGCGCAGGAGGAACUCCUACUCCUGGACAAGGGCAACCGCCCGCGGGCAUGUUUGUUGAUGCCUCUGCUCGAACCGCCAAGUCCAUGGCUGCUGAACGAGAUGCCGUGCUACCUGUGGCUCCCCUAGAUAUUGCCAUUCUCACAAGUAUUCAAAAUGCCGCUAAAAGCGAUGAGAAGAAGCUGCGAGAUCUGCUGGGAAGUAUCAUGGUUAUUGGUGGCGGUGCCAAGAUCCCUCAUUUUACUGUUGUUCUAGAGGACAAGAUCAAGGCUCGACGACCCGACCUAAGCGAUCGAAUUCUUGUGAGUCGAAGCGCAAGAGACAUGGACGAACAGGUGGUUACCUGGAAGGGCGCCAGCGUGUUUGCCAAGCUAUCAACCAACGACUCAUGGAUCACACCUUUUGAAUUCGAGAGAUUGGGCGCCAGGACCCUGCACCACAAGGUGCUUUGGGCCUGGUAG